AUGGCCAUGAGUUCCUAUUUGAUCAACUCCAACUAUGUGGACCCUAAGUUUCCACCCUGCGAGGAAUAUUCCCAGAGCGACUACCUACCCAGUCACUCUCCGGACUACUACAGCGCCCAGAGGCAAGACCCCUCGUUCCAGCAUGAGUCGAUCUACCACCAGCGGUCGGGCUGCGCCGACCCACCCUACUCAUCGUGCCAGGGUCCGGGGCAGCCUGCCGCGGUUAUCUCUCCGCGAGGUCACGUUCUACCCACAACCGCACUCUCGACCCCUCUCCCUGAACCAAGCCAUCAUUGCGACUCGGUAACUCCAAGCCCUCCGCCAGCCUGCGGUCAGACUCCCACUAGCCAAAACACUUCAACGGUCAGCUCAAGAAAAGAUCCCGUGGUAUACCCCUGGAUGAAAAAAGUCCACGUAAACAUCGUGAGCCCGAACUAUUCAGGGGGUGAACCAAAGCGCUCGCGCACAGCGUACACGAGGCAGCAAGUCCUGGAAUUGGAGAAAGAGUUCCAUUACAACCGCUAUCUGACCCGCAGAAGAAGGGUGGAAAUCGCCCAUACACUAUGCCUAUCUGAACGACAAAUUAAGAUUUGGUUUCAGAACCGGCGCAUGAAGUGGAAGAAGGACCAUAAGCUUCCGAACACCAAAAUACGCAGUAACUCUGCAAGCACUAAUUCAAGCGGCUGCCCGACAUUGUGCAGCAAUCAGAGCCGAGCAAGCGGACCUCCGCCAAGUCUAUAG